GGAAGUGCUCCCGGAGGCGGGCCUAGCGGGGCGCCAAAUACGGCGCAAGUCAGCACCAUGGCUGCCCGGCUGGCUGGCAGCCGAUCGGGGACUGCUCUUUCUGCUGCCCAGAGAGGCCCGCUAGUUUCCUGUCGGAGGUGGGCCGGCGCCACGGCUGACACCGUGUAUGAUGUUGUGGUGUCGGGUGGAGGCAUGGUGGGCGCCGCUAUGGCCUGUGCCUUGGGACAUGAUAUUCACUUUGGUGACAAGAAAAUUCUGUUGCUAGAAGCAGGUCCAAAGAAAGUAUUGGGGAAAUUACCAGAAACUUACAGCAACAGGGUCAGCUCCAUUUCCCCUGGCUCUGCAACCCUUCUCAGUAGUUUUGGUGCCUGGGACCACAUCUGCAACAUGAGAUACAGAGCCUUUCGGCGAAUGCAGGUGUGGGAUGCCUGCUCCGAGGCCCUGAUCAUGUUUGACAAGGAUAAUUUAGAUGACAUGGGCUAUAUCGUGGAGAAUGAUGUCAUCAUGCAGGCCCUCACGAAGCAGCUGGAGGCUGUGUCAGACCGAGUGACCGUUCUCUACAAGAGCAAAGCAGUCAGCUAUACCUGGCCUUACCCAUUUUCCAUGGCAGACUCCAGCCCUUGGGUUCAUAUUACCCUAGGUGAUGGCAGCACCCUCCAGACCAAAUUGUUGAUUGGUGCUGAUGGUCACAACUCAGGAGUACGGCAGGCUGCUGGAAUCCGGGAUGUUAGCUGGAACUAUGACCAGUCCGCUGUUGUGGCUACUUUGCAUUUAUCAGAGCCCACGGAAAACAAUGUAGCUUGGCAGAGAUUUCUUCCGUCUGGGCCCAUUGCUCUGCUCCCGCUCUCGGACACUUUGAGUUCCUUGGUUUGGUCCACAUCCCAUGAACACGCAGCAGAGCUGGUCAGUAUGGAUGAGGAAAAGUUUGUGGAUGCCAUUAACUCUGCCUUUUGGAGUGAUGCUAACCACACAGACCUCGUCGACUCGGCCAGCUCCGUGCUGCACUAUGUGGUUUCCAUUCUGAAGCCCACUAAGGUCUCAGCUCGCCAGCUGCCCCCAAGUGUAGCCAAGGUGGAUGCCAAAAGCCAGGUACUGUUUCCUCUUGGGUUGGGACACGCUGCUGAGUACGUCCGGCCUCGGCUGGCACUCAUUGGGGAUGCCGCCCACAGAGUCCACCCACUUGCAGGACAAGGUGUCAACAUGGGCUUUGGGGAUAUCUCCAGCUUGGUCCAUCACCUCAGAACUGCAGCCUUCAACGGGAAAGACUUAGGCUCCAUGAGCCACCUCACAGGUUAUGAAACAGACAGACAACGUCACAACACUGCUCUUCUGGCUGCUACUGACCUACUCAAAAGGCUCUAUUCCACCAGUGCCACCCCACUUGUGCUGCUCAGGACGUGGGGCUUGCAAGCUACAAAUGCAGUAUCUCCACUCAAAGAGCAGAUUAUGGCCUUUGCAAGCAAAUGAAUGCUCUUCUUCCGGAGAUUCUGAACAUCUUUUCCCAAGACCAUCACAUAUUUUCAGGAUUUAAUUUAAUAAAUUUACUUUACAUUAGAAUGUCAGUCUUGGAGUUCCCAUAUGGCACGGUGGAAACGAAUCUGACUAGGAAUCAUGAGGUUUUGGGUUCGAUUCCUGGCCUCGCUCAGUGGGUUAAGGAUCUGGUGUUUCUAUGAGCUGCAGUGUAGGUCGAAGACAUGGUUCAGAUCCUGCAUUGCGGUAGUGUAGGCCAGCAGUUGUAGCUCCAAUUUGACCCCUAGCCUGGGAACCUCCAUAUGCCACAAGUAUGACCCUAAAAAGCAAAAAAAAAAAAAGUCAUUCUUUUUUUUUCUCCUCUGCUUAAUGGACCUAUAUAGUCCAAAUAAUGAGUGGUGAUUUGCUGUGAGACAGGCAUAAAAACCAAGCCAAAGAAAAAAUCACAAAGGAAGACUAUGAUUUUGUUGAAAAAACGUUUUAUUACUAAAUCAGAAAUUGCUAAGGUGCUGUCUCAUUCAUUUUCACUUAUUAGCAGUCCUUUCCAAAGAGAAGUUAUACAGUUUAUUUUUUUAAAUGCUGGUUGUAAAUUUAUACAGUUGUUUUUGAUAAAGUAUUAGAAAGUCAAUUGAUGCAUUUUUGUUAGAAUUGCUAUUUAAAAAUUAAUAACAUUAAAAUGCAAAUUAAACAAA